CUUCCCCCCAUAAUACCGAGUAUUACCUACCAUUUUCAAUUCAUUGAUUAAGCAUUUCAGCUGCAACUUCCCAUCCCAUCCCCAUUGAAUCUUCAUCUUCCAGCCUUUAUUUGGGGAACAAAAGAAAAUGGCGCAAACCACCGCGAACCACACCCAGACCGUCACCGGUUGGGCGGCGCAGGAGGCUUCCGGCAAAACCACACCGUUCACCUUCAGACGGAGAGAGAAUGGGCCAAAGGAUGUGACUAUAGAGAUAUUGUUCUGUGGAAUGUGCCACACUGAUCUCCACCACAUCAACAAUGAUUGGGGCAUCACUAUGUACCCUGUUGUCCCUGGGCAUGAAAUAACAGGGAUCAUAACUAAAGUGGGAAGUGAAGUGAGGGAUUUCAAGAUUGGAGACAGAGUAGGGGUAGGGUGCUUGGCUGCAACCUGUUUGGAGUGUGAGUUUUGCAAAGGGUCCCAAGAGAACUAUUGUGACCAAGUCCAGUUCACAUACAAUGGCAUCUUCUGGGAUGGCUCCAUUACCUAUGGUGGUUACUCCAACAUGCUUGUUGCUGAUCAUAGGUACGUGGUGCGCAUCCCGGAGAAUCUGGCAAUGGACAGAGCGGCCCCACUGCUAUGCGCCGGGAUAACAGUGUUCUGUCCCAUGAAGGACAACAACCUGUUGGAGACAAAGGGGAAGAGAAUUGGGAUAAUAGGGCUUGGUGGGCUUGGCCAUGUGGCUAUCAAGUUUGGGAAAGCUCUUGGUCACCAUGUCACUGUCAUCAGCACCUCUCCCUCCAAAGAAAAGGAAGCUAAAGACCACUUGGGUGCAGAUGACUUCAUUCUUAGCACCAACCCUAAACAGAUGCAGUCAAGCAAAAGGACUUUGGACUUCAUUUUGGACACAGUGGCAGCAAACCACUCAUUGGGAGCUUACCUAGAGCUGCUUAAAGUGAAUGGAACACUUGUGGUGGUGGGUGCACCAGAAAAGCCAAUGGAUUUGCCUUCUUUCCCAUUGAUUUUUGGGAAGAGAACAGUAAAGGGUAGCAUGAUCGGGAGUAUGAAGGAGACACAAGAGAUGAUUGACUUCUGCGGGGAGCAUAACAUACUGUGCGAUAUAGAAAUGGUGAGAACAGAUGAAAUAAAUGAAGCCUUGGAGAGGCUUGCAGGGAAUGAUGUCAAGUACCGCUUUGUCAUCGACAUUGCAGGGAAAACACCAAAGCUCUAGGCUUUUUAUCAUUCUUUUAAAAUGCCUUUUUUUCUUCCUUUUCUUGAAGUCCAGUGUAUCUGAAAGCACCAAUUCUAAUUAUUGUUUUACCUAUUUGAGAAAACUUUCACCAUACCUGUAAUCCAGGAUUCCUUAAUUUCUCUAGAAAAAAAGAGUGUCGAGUCCGUCUUUAAUACUGUAAUAAGAUAGUUUAGUCUCCAUAUUUCAAAAUGGCACACUACACAUCUUCUCCAUCUUACUUUCUAUGAAGCAAUUGAAGUACUAUGUACUAAGUGGUUCUUGGGGGAGCGGUUUAUCCAUAUGUAUCUUAGACUUGCUACCUUAGUUUAUUGUAGUUAAGUGUGUGGGGAUUGAUCUAUUUGUAUAUAUGUUGAACUUGCUACAUUAGUUUGUUGUACU